AUGAACAAUUCUAAUCAAUUACAAGAAUUAUUUGGACGAAAAAGUUCCUCGAACAAUAAUGUUAUUAAAUCAAAGUCUCCAUUAUCAGUUAAUACAGCUGUUUCAAAGGAGUCACAACAAAACUAUAUUAACGACAUUAUUAACAAUAAUGUCGCUUCUCCUUCUUCUGCUUCACCCUUUGUUCGACGAACAAUAUUAUCCAACGCGCGUCAAUCUUGGAUAUUUAAUAAGCCUCCCUCAAUUCCAGAGGCUGAAAGUGUUUAUGUUCAACCAACUGCUAUACUUGAAAAGAAUUUGGGAACUGCAAAAUCGAGAUUAUCAGUUAUUAUUCAAGGUGGUAGUAAUCAACAACAAUAUGGAAGAGUAAUGACUAAUAGUAUAUAUAUUAAAACUGAAAAAGACAAAGAAGUGGUUAGUUCUUCUCCUGAAAUAUAUAAAACUUCAGGGAUCGAAAAUUCAAUUGAUGAUUUACCAUUGCCGCCUCAAUUACCAACCACACCAUUAUCAAGUAGACCUAUAUCUAAUGUUUCUUCUUCAUCUACAAAUCAAUAUUAUAGCGAAUAUGAUGCAUUAUCAGAUUCAUAUCAUUCUUUAUCAUCUUCAUUUGCUUCCAAUUCUAUAAUUACGAACAGUCGUGAUAGUAUGUCUGAUACAAUCUCAAUGUUCAGCAAUUCACCUUCAAUCUUAAAUGAUCAUCAUCAUAAACUUAAUAAACAACUUUAUAAUAAUGCUCCUCAAUCUUCUACUGGUAUACCUUAUCAACGAUAUUCUAUGCCUUCUUCCUCAAGCGAAUUUACUUCACCAAAUAGUUCUAAUCAGUAUAUUAUUGAUUCUCAAAGACGCGCUUCAAUGCCAAUUCUAUCUAACGAUACUGAAUUGGAAAGUACUACUAAUAUUCGCGCUUCCUUUUAUUCUAAUACGUCAAAUGAAAGUUCGUCUGUUCAGCGCGCUACUUUACGUCCCAGUAGAUUAUCAUCACCUGCUAAUGCCCAACUUGCUCAAAGAGCCUCAAGAGCAUCCAUGAGAAUGAGCCUUAAUACUUUAAUGCAAAAACGUUUUAAUAUCGCUUUGGAAAUAUUGACUACCGAGCGUCAUUAUGUUGAUUGUUUACAGCUUGUCCAAAGGUUGUUCCUAAGCCCUUUGAACGAAUCACUGAAAUCGGCCAACCCGAUACUGACCAAAAAGUCAAUCAAUGAAAUAUUUGCAAAUCUCUCUGAUCUAAUUAAUAUUAACAUAGAAUUAUUAAAAAGAUUGGAAGAGAGAAUUGCUAUACUCAUUGAUGAUAAACCAAUUGAAGAUUCUGAGGAUAAAUUUUGGAAUCCUGAAGAUGGUUGCCUAGGAGACAUUUUCUUGAAUAUGGCACCUUUCUUUAAGAUGUAUUCGAUUUAUGUUAAAAAUUUCAAUUCGGCUCUUUCCGUAAUUGACGUUCAAUUAAGAGAUAAUCCAGCAUUUUCCUCUUUUCUAAGGGAUAUUAUCAAGACAGGACAGUGUAAAGGUCUUACCUUACAAGCGUAUUUGAUAAUGCCAGUACAACGGAUACCUAGAUACAAAUUAUUGUUAGAGGAUCUGUUAAAGAAAACAGUGGAAACUCAUCCAGAUUAUCUUAACUUAAAGAAAGCUUAUCAAGUUAUUGAAAAUGUUGCCACUUUUGUCAAUGAAACUAUUCGACAACAUGAAAUGUUUAUUACUAUGUUAGAUAUUCAAAAAUCAUUGACAGGAUUUGAUGAAGUAUUAUUGGUUCCUGGUCGUACUUUUAUUAAGAGAGGAACCGUCAAAAAGAUAUGUCGUCGAAAUCAUCAGCAACGCGAAUUUUUCUUAUUUUCAGAUAUUUUGAUCUACGCAACUCCUAGUUUAAUGGAUGAUACUUAUACGUUUCAUCGAAAGUUCGAUCUCGAGGAUGUAACAGUUUUAGUUGUUGAUACUCAAAAUGUUAAUGGAUUUCUGAUAAUGAGCCCUCAAAAAAGCUUCACACUUUAUGCAGAUACUCAGAAAGAUAAAGAAUCGUGGAUCAACGCGAUUCGUGAUGCUAAAGAAGAAUAUUUAAGCGCUAAAAGAACACUCAAAAUUGAUAAUAAUGUGGGAUUGGAAAGAAAGGAUACGUACAAAAAAAGAAUUGUGGAGAAUUAUCAUGCGCCUGUAUGGAUUCCAGAUUCAGAAGCUGAUCGUUGUAUGAAUUGCUCGGAAGAAUUUUAUACGAUAUUUCGAAGAAAACAUCACUGUCGAGUGUGUGGAAAAGUUGUUUGCCAUGCUUGUUCUACAAGGAAAUUUGUUAUUCCUGGUUCAAGUGAACGAGAAGAUCAGUCGGCACGUGCAUGUGACCCUUGUUUUUUUACAAUGUUUCCUGAUGCUUUAAGAGAUGAGGAUAUAGCACCCGGUAUUCAUGUAUGGAACCUUGUCAAUAAUAAGAGCACAAUUUCACUUGUUGAAUCUCCACAAAAAGAUGAAGAUAUUAAGGAUAAAGAUAAUAUGUUUAAUAUAUUAGAAAACAAUCGAGCAAGCGUAGCAUUAUUUUCGAUCAACAAAUCUCUACGUGAUGCUAUCGAAGCUAAACGCUGUGACUAUUGCAGAGUUGAUUUCACUGUAUUCAGAUGGAGAAAUGAAUGUUUGAAAUGCAAGAAAAUCGUUUGUAACGAGUGUCUCACAAAGAAAUCAAUUGAUUUUUCAUCACUACCUCAAAAAUUUUUGGAUGAAUUAUCAUCACAGACAAUCGAGAAUAGACGAUUUAGUAUUAUGACAAAUGUUAUAAAAAUAUGUGAUUUUUGUUAUCUAGGUAUUGAUCCUAAUCGUAUUACAGUAGAUGAAGAAACAGAUGGUGGAUGGACUGCAAAAGGACAGAUAUCUCCACCAUCCACACCAAAACCAUUUAAGUCAGAAACAAGUUAUAACGUCAAAGCGAAUGAUGAUGAAAUAAUUAAGCAAUCAAGUUUUGAUGACAAAACGAUGAAAGUUAAUAAAGUUGAGGGUUAUUUUAAUCAAGCUGACGAAUACGAUGCUACAGCUGCCGCCGAAUUGAAAAAGAAGAGAACUUUUAGAAAGUACUCUUAUAGAGGA